GGAUCAAAAAUAAAGAAUUUCAAUCUGGUAACAAUACCAAAAUAGCUUGAAAGGGAAUACAUUAAGAAAUAAAGAAAGAAAAAAAGAAUAACUAUUUAUGUUACUGUACUACUGGGACCCUAAAAGAUGACACUUCUUCUUACCUGGAAAUUAUUGUUAACAAUAUGGAGAAAAUGACUAAAGUUGGAUAAGGCAUAUUAAUGACAAUAGACAUUAUCUCAAUUUUUUUGACGAAAUUCAAAUUACCACAUAAGAAGACUUUUGAAUAAUGAAUAAUACAACGGAUAGUUUUAAUGCUACGACAAUAAAUUAUUCAUAUUUUGAAUUUCAUGCACGUUUUGGAUGGACAAGAUUAUGGAUAACAGUUAUUGUACUUGGUCUACUUAUUUUAUGUACUAUAAUCGGAAAUGUAUUUGUUGUUGCUGCUAUCUUGUUAGAGAAACAUUUACAGGGAGUCUCUAACUAUUUAAUAGCCAGUUUGGCUGUUGCUGAUUUAAUGGUUGCUACUCUACCUAUGCCAGUAGCAGCGAUAUACGAAGUUUCAGAGGACUGGUGGUUAGGUGAAGCACUAUGUGACUUUUGGGUGUGUUCAGAUGUACUCUGUUGUACAGCAUCUAUACUUCAUCUAGUUGGCAUUGCUUUAGAUCGUUAUUGGGCUGUUACAAAUGCAGAGUAUAUUCGUCGACGAACUGGUCGUCGAAUAGGCAUUAUGAUAGGCAUAUUCUGGUUUUUAUCCGUUUUAAUAUCGAUUCCUGCACGAUUUCAUACAACUAGAUCGUAUAAUUAUGGUGGAUAUACACCUGAUAUGGUGCUGGAUGAACCACCAAGUUGUCGAAUUAAUCAAGAGCAUGGUUAUACAGUAUUUUCAAAUAUUGGAGCAUUUUAUAUGCCAAUGAUAUUCAUAAUUGGUAUAUAUGCUAGAAUUUAUCAAGUAGCUAGAGCAAGAAUUCGACGUUCCGCCUUUAAACAAUCCGCCACGUCCAGUUUAAGUAUGACACAAAAAAAGCAAAGAGAAAAACAUUCUCAAAAGUUAUUUAGAAAAACUCUAUGCUCAUCAUGCUGUCGAUACCAUAAGUAUGAUGAAAAAAGAUCAAUUAAAUUGGCUUAUGUAAAAAAUAAUCCUCAAGCAAUACAGAAUAAUAUGAACCAAGAGAAUCCUUCGUCUUCGCCUAUCGCCGAUACAGAUUGUACUGAAGUUGCUAGGAAUACUAGUCAGAUUGCAGAAAUUUCUGCUGUGAAACAGCCAACAGCAACUACGACUACUACUACUACGUCAAGUGAUAACAAAUAUUGUUCUUUUAUGAAUCAGUUAAACAAUGAUAAAUCUAUACCUUAUGUUGAUGAUGUAGAGAACAAAUCAAAUUACUGUCAUUCUAUUGAACAAUUGAACGGAAACUACAUACAAACAAAAUCAGUCCUGUUAAAUGAUGACAGUGUCAGACAAAAUUUGAUCAAUUGUGAAUGUAAACCAAAUAUUUACACAGAAAGGUGUUUAAAUAAGCAAAGAAGAAAAUCUAAUCAAAAAGAAAUGAAAAAAUCAAAUUCCCUGAUAAAAUUAGAUUAUAGAGCUAAUUCUUCAUCUGAUGGUCAAGAGUAUUCAAAUAAAUUUGAUACACCAAUCUAUUCAUCAGCAUCUAGAAACACGAGUUCUGCACCACCGAUUCUUAUUAAUUUAACAAAUUCUAGUACAUUUUUCUCUGAGCUGACAAAUUCUAAUUCUCAGUUAUCUGAAACACCUACAACAGAUCAUACAAAUUCAGUGAUGUGGUCGUCGUCAUCAUCAUCAUCAUCACCAGGAUCCUCCUCUUCGUGUCCAUCGCUUCCAUCGUUGACAUCUUCUUCAUAUUCAAGAUAUUCAUCUUUACCAGUUGACAGUCAAUAUCAUUAUCAUCAACGACACCAUCAUCAUCAUCAUCACCAUCAUCAUCGUGACUAUCAUCAUCAACAGGAUCAUGAAGGUCUUCAUAAUCACCACCAUCAACAUCACCACCACCAUCACGAUCAUCAUCAUCAUCAUCAUCACCAGGGACAUCAUCAUGGCCACAUUCAUAAGAGAAGGUAUUGUGAAGGAAGAAUGUCUAAAAAACAACAAAAUCGAUAUUUAGGUAAAUUAAAGACACUUUGUAAUUGUUGUUCUUCAGUAUUCGACAGUAGUAAGUCAAAUCAUAACCAUCUAUCAGAUAAAGGUAAGGUAUCUACUGAAAAUUCAAAAGUUGGCCAGUUAAAAGAUUCAAAAUUCUGUUGCUUUAAGCAUCAUCUGAGCUCUCCUGUGAAUAAUAUUUCUUUAACUAAUGACCAUGAAACGUGCUACAGCGUUGGAGAUCCCAGUGUGGUGUCUCAGUUUGCACAGCGGAAAAAUAAUAAUAUCAGUGCUGUUAGUACUGAUAAUAAUGAUAAUAAUAAUGCUAGUAAGAAAACGGAGAAUCAUAUUGUUUUGGAUAUAACGAAAAGACAAAAUGAUGUACAUGGUAAGAUGUGCCAUUUAUUACAUUUAGAAAAUAGUCAUCGAAAAUUAGCUAAAUCAGUAUCGAAUUUAAUCUCGAAUAGAAAUGCCGAUUCAUCGACGCCGACGACAACAACAAAUCCAGUAAAAUUACCGCAACAUCUACACCUACAACCAGCAUUAAUACUCACUCCAGUAACGUCAGCCUUACCACCGUCUCAACCACCACCAGCACCACCCAUACCACCGUCAAAUACACAGAAUGAUGAAACUACAACUACUAUCACAUCAAACCUGAUGUCACUACAACAGACACAAGUGAAUCGUGAACGUCUGGAAACAAAACGUGAACGUAAAGCCAUCUCAACACUGGCUAUAAUCACAGGAUGUUUUCUAUUAUGUUGGUUACCAUUUUUUAUUGUUGCCUUAAUAUCACCAUUUACAGAAAAUUUUACAAUAUCUAAAUUUGGUCAAAGUACAAUAUUAUGGUUAGGUUAUUCAAAUUCAUUAUUAAAUCCUAUUAUUUAUACAAUAUUUUCACCAGAUUUUCGUAAUGCUUUCAGAAAAAUUUUAUUUGGACGAUAUAAUUUACGUUCAUUGUCUAGGUGAUUUUGUGUAUGUAUCCUUCAAUACAUAUAUUGAGAGAUUUAUUGUAAUUAAUUCAACAUUAUUAUUAUUAUUAUCAUUUCUAUACUAUGCAGAAAAAAUGAAGAUUGUUUAAUGCAAUUUUAACAUUAUAAUUCUACUUGCCUUCUUAAGAUGUUUCGAAUUGUUCCAAGGGAGCAAGCAACAAGAAAUUAUUUGAUUACUAUAAGCCAAGUAUGACCUUAACCUCUCACUUAAAUCUACUUCAAGCGAAGUGAAACAUUCCAUAGAGAAACAGAUGUAACGCAAAUUCUACAAAUCUAUAACUAUGUACCUCAUAUUAUGCUAAACUUAUAAACUACUUUAAACUUCACCUAACCAUUUACAACUUUGGUUUUAUGUGUAAAAAUGACAAUUCACUUAUUUGCAGUAUUAAUCAAAAAGCAUCUGCAAGCUUUUGAAGUACCCUACACUGGUCAUAUGUAUGCAUACAUAAGCAAUAUUAAUCCAUAUUUUUAACAACAACAAAAAAAAGUAUAUUCUCUCAGAUUAAGAAUGUUGACACUUGUGUAUUUGCCGCUUAUCUUUUGUCGUAAACGUUUUCUUGAUCAAAAUAUAAUUUUAAAAAAGGUG